GUGAUCUUCCUUCAUGGACUGGGAGAUACAGGGCACGGGUGGGCGGAGGCCUUUGCAGAUAUCAGAAGUGCCCACAUCAAGUAUAUCUGCCCACAUGCGCCAGUUAUGCCUGUAACAUUAAAUAUGAACAUGGCCAUGCCUUCUUGGUUUGACAUCAUUGGGCUUUCACCAGACUCGCAGGAGGAUGAGCCUGGAAUUAAACAGGCAGCAGAAAAUGUGAAAGCUCUGAUAGAACAAGAGGUGAAGAACGGCAUUCCUUCCAGCAGAAUUGUUCUGGGAGGGUUUUCUCAGGGAGGAGCUUUGUCUCUGUACACCGCACUGACCACGCAGCAGAAGCUGGCAGGUGUCACGGCGCUCAGCUGCUGGCUCCCAUUGCGGACUUCAUUUCCACAGGGUCCUAUCAGCGGCGUGAAUAGAGACAUUUCCAUCCUUCAGUGCCAUGGAACCUUGGAUCAUUUAGUCCCCCUAAUGUUUGGUUCUCUUACUGCCGAAAGGCUAAAAACCUUGGUAAAUCCAGCCAACGUCACCUUCAGAACCUACGAAGGCAUGAUGCACAGUUCAUGUCAACAGGAAAUGAUGGAUGUCAAGCAAUUCAUUGAUAAACUCCUACCUCCCGUUGACUGAGUCACGAAGAGGCCUUGUGUGGGAGUCACACCAGCAUCCUCGUGGUAGAGAGAAAACCUUGUCCUGCGCCUGCUCUCGAAACCUCUGAUGUGUGCAGUGUUAAAAUGUUUUGCAAAUAUGCACCAAUGACACAGACUAAAUAAACCUCCUCUUAGGAAAUUUAUGAUCAUUUAGAUUUCUGUAUAUGUAUUUGUAUAAUAUGAUCCAGAUUCUACUAGUAUUAAAAUAGAGGAAGCAGCUAGCUUCUUUUUCCCAAAUGUAAUUCAGAAAAAUAAUAAAAUACUACAAACAGAUUUUUUAUUACAUCAUUUGAAAAUUAUUAGUAUGCUUAAUGAAAACUUGUUCAGGUAUAAAUGAGUGGCUAAGAUGUAACUGGUUUAUGCAUGCUGUGACUUAGUCCACGGACUUACUCCAGGAUGACUUUGUCACCAUGCAGUGUGUGUAUUUUUGUAUUUACGUGUGUCACGUGCACUUAAUGAUUUUAAGGCUUCAUAAGAAUGAGGUGUUAUACAUUACUCCUAAUAGUAGGGUUAAUGCUUCUAAGUGUCAAUAAAGAGUAAUAUUGCUCUCUUCAAUUAGUGGCCCUUUAUUUUGGGGACCAGGUUUUUCUUUCCUGAAUGUAAUUUCUAUUUAAAAUUAUUUUUGCCUCUCUAGAAAAGAAAUGUAUUCUUUCUUGUUCAUCCUUCGUAACAGACCAGAUACCACCUCCUUGCCAUAGACAUCCACUAUCAGUACCUGCUGUGACUUGACACUGAAUCGCAGACAGGAUGGUAUUUAAAACGUACUUGUGCUGACACGAAGAAACCAGACACCCCUUCAAACGUCCUACGCUACUUACUUCUCAAACUGUACCUUUGUCUGAAGUUUAGACCGACAUAGUUCCUAGAAUCUAUAGUCCUGGUAACGAAAAUAAUUCUGUGUUUGUAUUUUUCUGUAAUUGACUGAAAAUAAUUAGGUCACAUUCUAGAAUGUUCACGAAUAUUUAAGACUGAUCUUAAAAAACUAAUUUUUAAGACAAUUUGCUCUAAGGUGACUCUCUUUGUAGCGUAGUUUUAGUUUACUGAUUUUGUACAUCUGUUUGAAACCAGCUGCUGUGGGAAAGGAGCAAUCCAUUAGAAAAUUCUGCUUUACUUUUAUCUGCCAGUGGACUUCUUUGAAAUUUUUACUUUAGUCAGGUGAUUUUUUUUUUCAAAAAUUACUUUUUGUGCAAACAUAAAAGUAGUGAUUAUUUGAUUUUAAAUCAUCAAAAAUUUCAGAUUAUUGGUGGAAAUUAUUUGGAAACAAAUUUAUGGGUAAUAAAAGUCAGUCAGAACUCAAUGCAUAUGGAAUAGUUACCAUACAGAUUAAUAUGCAGCAAAAAUGUACACUUGAUAUUUCUGAACUGUUGUCAGUUUUUCUGCCAUAUUCCAACUGACUAAAACAACGUUAGGAAUGUAUCUUUAUAAAUGGGUGCUACUUGAUAGUGGAAAUAAUUUGGUAAUGGACUAUAGAGAAUGUUAAUGAAGCCAUAUGUUUAUGUCUGGAUUUAAAAUUUUUAAACAAUCAUUUACUAAGUCAUUUUGCUCUACCUUGAAGAAUAUAAGCUGUUGUUUCACUUACACAAAUCAGCAAGAUCUAACUUAUGGCAAGAAAUACUCCGUUGAAAUAUUGUGCUGUAACGUGGGAAAAUGAAAAUCUUUUUCACGGUUUCUAUCAAUGUGAAAUAAAACUCAAUUCUCACUUUUCUCUGA